CAGAUUUAAUCAGCUAUUAAAAGCAUCUACCGCAAUGUUGUGAGGAACUUAAUUUAAUAAGUUAUCAAAUAUUGUCACAAACUAAUCUCAAUACUUUACUUAGUUUAUCAAGUGUAAUAAAUCACUUCUUAGGCAUUAACCUUUUCUGCUGCUGUUAAGUGUUUAGGGUGCCCAUAAUUAUUUUUAACAGCUUUUGUGCCAAGUUACAAAGGCAAAACAAAUCAAAACAAUGCAAGACCUAGAAGCACAUAAAGCGCGUAUAACGCAGCUUGAGGAAUUUAUUAAUGAUGUGCUCAAAGAAGACCUAAAUCGCCUUGAAAAGUGCCUGAAUGAUUUCAACGGAGAGGUCAUGGAGUAUGUCCAGUUGAAGAACACGCUGCAAACAUUUGGCGAGCACAUGCCGGACGGCUACAAGACCCAGGUUAACAUUGGCAGCAACGUUUUCAUGCAGGCGCGGGUAAAAAAAAUGGACAAAAUACUGGUCAAUGUAGGUAAGGAGCUUUUCCUGGAAAUGAGCAUGCAGGAAGCGAUCAACUUCAGUGAUGUCCGCAUCAAAAUCUUGACCAAACAGGCGGACGUAGUGCGCGAGGAAAGCGUGAAGAAGCGUUCACAAAUCAAAAUGGCGCUGAUAGCCAUCAGUGAGCGGGAAAAGCUGCUGCAGCAGCAGGAUGAAAGAUAGUUGGAGAUAUUUAACAAAGGGGCUUUGGGCGGCUAGUGUUAGAAACGCUGUUUUUGUAUUUAUAUUUACAUUGAUAUCGAUAUAAAUGUGAAUCUAUUGACAGUCAAAAACUCAAGCGCAACUAUUUAAAAAUUAUUUGUAAAUGAUGUACAGAUUUCAAUUAAUCUUACUUAUCAAAAUGUUAAUUUAUUUAAAAAAUUACAACUGUCAAUUUACAUCUGUUGGCCAAAUGUGUGUUUAAAAAAACGCGUAUUAAACAGAAUUGUAAAAAGUAUGAAUAUUACAGUACAUGUAAUAAACUAAAACUCGAAGAGAGAUGAAUUAAUAUGAUUCUCACAACAUGCUA